AUGGACCUGUUCCAAUACGAAACCCUAGACCUCACGGGGAAAUCCUUCCGGUUACUUAUGCUCCAUCCUAGAUCCACCGGCGAGAUAUCCUGCAAUAUCUUUGAAGCAAGCCUGGACUCCGACGGCAUUAUCCCCUACGAAGCCUUAUCAUAUGCCUGGGGCCGCAUUGACCUCGCAGCCUCCAUCAUCGCAAACGGGAAGACCCUCCGUAUUACGAACAACUUAUUCACUGCUUUGAGUUAUCUCCGAGACAACCAUGUAAACAAAGUCUUGUGGAUCGACGCUGUCUGUAUCGACCAAAACAACGUCGCAGAGCGAGGUCACCAGGUCGGACAGAUGGCUGGCAUCUACAGAGGCGCUGAACAGGUCAUCAUAUGGCUUGGCCCGCCCACACAUGAGACGAACCUCUUGCUGGGGUGCCUCAAAGAGCUACAGAAAAGCUUGAUCCGUCAGAAAAGCCGAGACGACCUUGUCCAGGCACAAGAGCAAUGGUCAAAGAUACGACAGAACUCCGAACUAGAUCAGGCUGUCCUCGUCGAUCUGCAACGGAAGGGGCUUAUUUCUCUCCUUAGGGAGACCUGGUUCACGAGGAUAUGGGUUCUACAGGAAGUUUCGAAUGCACGGGCAGCUUCGAUCUAUUGUGGCAGACGGUCCAUUCAGGCUUACAUGCUCAAUAUUGCCGCGAAGCUCGUCGGCGUCGUCCCCGAUGCCGGAUGUCAAGCUGUUCUGGACCUUCUUCCGGACUCCUUUACUCAGAGAUCCCCAAGAAAGGACUUUCUCAUUGCCUUAUUGCAAAAGUUUCGAAACAGCAAGGCGAGCGACCCUCGGGAUAUGGUUUACGCCCUAUUAGCAAUAGCGUCCGACGUAUCGCAGAGCGACUCGGGAUCACUACUAUCGCCAGACUACUUCAAAACUGAAGAGGAUCUGGUGCAAGACCUCAAGACAUACCUGUUCCUUGAUUCGCAAUAUUUCUGUAUUAUUCCCGAGCGAUCCAUGGAAUCCUUUCUCGGAGCGCUGCCUGAACGAAUAGCAGCGAUACUGCAAAGCGUUGUGAUGGCGGGGGUCACGAGCCACGUUCUCACGCUUCUUGAGAGGGGCCAAAAAUUCACCGUCAGUGAGGUCGACGUUCAUGAAAUGUGGAAAAGAAAAGGCCUGGGAACUUCAAAGGUUCUUUCUAAUCUAGCUCAAAUUGAGCAUCAAAACUUCCACUUCAGCCUAGAAGGCGUAGAGUCGUCGUUUCAGUUUUUCGAUCUUGCAACUGCGCAAAGUCUUCUAGGCCGCUUUGGAGAACGCAUACAGAUCAAUCAGCAUCUUGCCGCAGCCUUGCUACGGCGAAAAGACGACAGGGAUCUAAUCAUCAUGUUGCUGAUCAAAUGGAAUAAGCCUUUUAUUCCAUUAACGCAAGAUGGAUUGACCGCUUUAGUGAAGGUUAUCGAUCCGGCGUCGUUACAAAUGCUUCUCAAGAAACAAACACAAGUAUAUCAAAUCACGGACAAAGUUCUUGAAAAAGCUUCCCGCAAUCGGAAAGAGGGCAAGAUCAUCCCGAUACUCCUCGAUUCGGUCGGCGAUCGAACCGAGUUCGAAAUGAGUGGGUUGCUGUGGUUGCUGCGCUUUUUGGACAAGACUGCAUUACUGCCGUUGCUCAAGUUGGAGUUCAAAAAAAUCAGCGUCGUUGGUUUGGGGCACCCUCCUAAUGAGAGUGUCCGCUGGUCCACGCAAUUAUUAUUUGACUUUGGCUCAAGUGCGGACUGGAAGAAGAUCAAAUACAUCAGAGAGAAGACGGGUCCUCAUGAGAUAUUUGAUGUUAAGGCGUUCAGAAUGGAGGCGGAAUUCAUCAACGGUUUGCGUGUGAAUGCAACCCUUGACUGGCUCUAUUACUGUGGUAUACCUGGCCACUUGCCCAAUAUCGCCGUCAAUAAUUGCCCGCUCGACAUGCAGCCGUGGUUUGUCAGCCCUAAGCAUUGGCUUUUUACACUUUCCGAAAGGCCCACUGGAUUGCCUUUGUCUUCAGCAAUCCAUCACUGCAAGACACUGCAAGUUCGAAAUAGCGCGAGAUUCCUCUGUGUAGAUGCUUCCAUACAAUUGGUGAGAUUCGCCUGCAUGAAGCAUGGCUACAAUGCGGGCGAGGCAAAGGUCCAAAAGACAGAUUCACUGGCGAACCAUUUCCAAGAACGGCUCAGCCAAUAA